CCUGACGUGAGUAUGAAUCACAAAUACAUCCAAAACGGCAAAGACUAUAUGGAAUGUUUACUGAGAUUUGCAUGUGCGCCACCGCCAGCAAUCGUGCCAUCGUUCCCUUCCAACACCCAAAAGAAAAAGAGAAAUGGAUGUUUAUUCAGAGCUCAACUCAACGAUGAAAAUGACCCGUUACUCCAAUCAGCCAUCGGUUCAGCUUCUCUUCGUUUUCACGAGACCCAACGACGAGAGCCUCUUUUUGUGGACCCAUAUGCCGGGUGCUUUGUACCAUCUCACACUCGGAUGGAUUUGGAGAAUCGAUUGAAACAUUAUUGCAUUGCAACCAAGUUCAUAGAUGAUAAGCUGCUUCGUACGGUAAACCACAUGGAUGGGCUCAAACAGGUUGUUCUUUUAUCAGAUGGAAUGGAUACUCGGCCAUAUAGGCUUAACUGGCCAAGCUCAACCAUCAUAUUUGAUAUAUCCCCUGAAAGGGUAUUCCAAAAGGCGGCUGAAAAGCUUAACGGUAUUGGGGCUAAGAUCCCAAGAAGCUGUUUGUUUCUUCAUGUUCCAUUGGAAUCCUCUAAUAUCCAGCAAACUUUGCGCAAAAAGGGCUUUAAUGGUAAUCGUCCAAGCAUAUGGGCUAUACAGGGACUGCCUGUGAUGACUCUAGCGAGUUUUGAAGAGAUUUUAUUCAUAGUCAGUGGAAUGGCUAUGAAUGGGUGUCUCUUCUUGGGAGAGUUGCCUGCAUGGUUGGCAGAAACUGAAUUUGGUAGCAAGUCUAGUACAAAGGAAUGGAUGAACAAUCUUUUUAUGAGCAAUGGUUUCAAGAGCAAUUACGAUUUUCGGAUGAUCAGAUGGAAACUUGGAGGAGAGAGUUUCAGAGGGUGGAGGAAGAUGGAGACGAGGAAGGGUUUGAGGAGCUCUAAAUGUAAAUACAAGAUUCCUUUUUUUUUUUUUUUUUUUUCUCUCUGGUCGAAGGCUGCAAUGAUAUUCUCUUCCUUCUAUUUUAUUAUUUCUUGCCAAUUUUCCGAAUUGGCUGUAAUAUUCUUUGCUUAUUAUUACUACUACUACUACUAUUGCUUAUGUAUGCUUAUGUUUAUCUAAACAUUCCAUGAGUCGGCAACCAAUCUUUAGAGAUUGGGAGAUCUUGAAAGUUAUAGCCUUAGCAAGCAAGUGGUUCUUUUCUUUUAUUAAUAGAUUUUUUGGUUUGAUCUGUCCAUCAAGUGCAUGCCAUUUUAAGAUGCAUCGUGAGAGUGUUCCUCUACCAUUUUUAUUUUAUUGUUUAAAUUUAAAUAAUUAGAGACUAGUGCAAAAAAAUAAUAAAAAGAGA